AUGUACAUUCUUGCGUAUUUCCUAAACAUUAGCCUGGUACUGGUGGCAGUAUUGGCAGGAUACCAUGAACAUUAUCCGGAAAAAACGGAGAUCAUUACCAAGGAGGUUCACGUACCCUAUCCCGUCAAGGUAGAGAAGCACAUACCCUAUCCCGUUAAGGUAAAGGUAGAGAGGCCGGUUCCUGUACACGUACCUAAACCGUAUCCUGUGAAGGUAGUCAAAAAAGUGCACGUACCAAUCACUGUCAAAGUGCCUAAGCCUUAUCCAGUCUACAAGGAAGUGAAAGUACCCGUAAAAGUGCCAGUAGACAGGCCGGUUCCAGUCCACGUACCGAAGCCCGUACCAGUCUACAUUGAGAAGAAGAUACCCGUAAAGGUAGAGAAGAAGGUCCAUUAUCCUGUAAAGCAAUUCGUCGAAAUACCAAAGCCAUACCAUGUACCAUACACAGUCGAGAAAAAGGUACCUUAUAUCGUAGAGAAGAAAGUGCCUGUGAAAAUCGAAGUCCCAGUAAAGAAGCCUUACCCAGUAGAAGUACCAAAGCCAUAUCCAGUUACCGUCGAGAAGAAAGUUCCCUAUAUCGUCGAGAAGAAAGUACCAUAUCCCGUAAAAGUACCCGAAUACGUAAAAGUGCCCGUUCCUGUGUUCGUCCACAAAGAAGAAAAUAAAUAUGAAGACUCAUCGGAUUGGCAAGGCGCGUCCUGGGGUUCAGAACAUGGAUCGAACCACGAAGUUUCGUCCCUCCAUGAUAGUUUUUAG